AUGGGCUUGGGAGUGCUCGCUCCAAAUCCUGAUCCUAAACGAUUUACAACAGCACACACUUCUGUUUUUUACAUAUCGAAAGAGGGUGUUCUUUAUGAUACAAGCACGAGUGAAAGAGGAUAUGCCAAGGUUUCAUUGCCAUUAGAACAAUAUAAUAGGUACGUUUAUCAGUUUGAUGAUCACAAUCAGGUUUCAUUGUACUGGCAUCAUCUUCGGGCAAUAAGUCAAAGUACUCCAUUGAAUUUUCGUCUUGAGCUCGUUCCUGGAGAAAUAAAUCCAAAUCGUCACAAGAGUUACUCGCUCGGAAUGUUUGAUCGGUCAACAAUUACCUGGGAUGGAACUACAAAUGAAAUUACCUCGUUGGAAAUUCAACCUUUGGGUCCGCAUGAUGGGUGUGCUGGUUUUGAUUCAGCCCUUUACCUUCACUUAAAACGUCAUUGGGACUUAAGCCCACGUCCUAACAAUGUCGUUUCGUGGUUUGUUUCGUGGUUUAGAAGAAAUGGUGAUUUGGCUAAGUCUACCAUUGAGCAACGUGUCGUCAAACUUCAACGUGACUGGAAUUCAGUUGUACGAUCAUUAAUGCCUUCAGAUAUGGAAUUGACAAGGAAAAAACGCGUCCGCGCAUCGACAGAUUUCGUUCCCUCUACACUGGCAAUGCAAUCUCUUCAUCUGGAACCAAAAGGUGUUCGUCAUAAGAAAAGGCCAUUGGAUAACGUCGACAUAAUUUCCCAGCAGAAUCGUCUUAAUCUAAGAUGUCGUUUUUCUGCUAAAGAGCGCGAUAUGUUGAUCCUUAUCCGUGCUGUCGGCUUCUUUUUGAAUCCGGUCUAUCGAUUUUGGUUGGAUCCAUCGGCAGUUCGAGAUAUAAUGCAUGAAUACGUGCCAGAGAGUGGAACUAAAACAGUGCAAAGCUUGAUGGCAGCAGGUGUUCGUGAAUUAGUCCGUCCUAACCGACUUGCCUACUUACAACGUAUUGUAUGCAAUCUAAAUACCUUUAAGGAAAUGAGAGCGUUACGGUUUCAACUCGCGAGCGCUCCAUUAAGUUCAACUGAAGACAAAGUUAAAUUUUUCAAAAAUGCAUUCAAUAUGGCUAAUCGACUCUUGUUCAUGGAAGCACAACCUUUGCCUUCAACAAGUGCUAAUGACUCAGUCUUCGAGAUAUUUUUGGCAAGUGGGAAGGCGAUUAUUUCUUCGGAACAAACAAGAACGCAAACCCCGGUUCCCUUGCGUUCUCAGAGACCAACAUCAUUGAGUCACAUUCAUCAUUGUACGACCACAAAUGUCUUGCUGAGUGUUCUAAUUGCAAAUGCCAACUGUGAUGAUCAAAAACCUGGUGGAGAGUACAUUCUUGAGCAGUUAAAUCCAACGGACAUCAACAGUACUUUGCAGGUACUACGUGCAGAUGGUCUGAUUGCUCGUCCACGUGUGGCUGUAACUGAUCAAACCAUGCAGUAUAAAAAUCAAGCAACACUCAGUCACUAUUUUCGACACUUCUUCGGGCACCGCUUUCAUGUUGAUCUAAUUGAACAAAUCAACCAGAUUCGAUCGUAUCUCGACGAUAUAAACGAUAACGGUGGUGAAUUAGCCGACUUGGAAGAUUAUGCGGGAACUGUUCUCAUUGCGACUGACUCGUUUUACAACAAGAACGAAAUCGAGCUCGAUAUCGACGAUGCUCUUAUCCAAAUGUUCACUGAAGCGGCAAAUCAAAACUCUACGAAACAAAUUCGCUACCUCGAGUCGACCGAUUUGCAUUUGGAAAGAGUUCAUGUUAUUUUGACAAAUCCUGACGAUCCGGACUCGCUACCAACGAUGAAGGAAAUCACAUCGCUGCUCGACACAUCCAUUCCGGAGGAUGCAAUCCAAGCCCGUCCUUUAGAAGAGUGGUUAGCCGAGAUUUUUACUACAGAUGCGGAUGAUAAAGAAAUGCGCAGUGUUACAAUGGCUAUUCAAGCAACUGAAGCAUAUGGAGUCAAUCUCUCUGACUUGCAGACUACAACGAAUCUACCUUUUGACAAACUUGUUCCUAUUAUCGAGAAGUUACGAGACGGCUUUCAAAUCAUUGAAGCAGGUGUUGAUACAAAACGAUACGUUUGGCACACCUAUGCGGAUGCGUGGACUGUAGUUGUUGAUGGAAAGCGCUUGUGCCCUCGGCCUUGGAUUCAGCCCGCAGGAUCUAUCUGCCUUUCAACUGCUCGCUGGAUGUUGGAAGCACUUUUGAUGGCCGUUGUGAAUAAGCCAGGAAUCCAAAAGAAGGAUUUACAAUUCCGUUUCGAGUUUGCUCUACAACCCGUAGCCCUUGAACAACUAAUAAAAGUUCUAACUUAUUGCGAAUGGCCAUUUGAGGCGGCGCCAAGUCAAACGGUUGUACAUACCUUGGAGCCAACGGUACAAGCCAUUCAACGCUUUGCUUCGAUUUUUAGGGAUGUUCAACUGAUUCAUCUACUUACUUCUGGUUUACAAAGUUUUGCGACUGAAGAUCUGGGAUUGAACGAUACGAAUUCUACGGGGAAAAAAGAUGGAGAGCCGUUAACAAUAAAAAGCUCUCGAUUUCUUAUCCUCCUGGGCUUGUAUAUUCUCCUCCAUGGCCCACUGAGGGUCUGUACGACAUCGUUUAUUGCCGCUUUUCUUCUUGGUGGUGCGUCAGGAUAUCAAGAAGCCGGAAGGGUUUAUGAGCAAACGCAUGUCGGAAAAGCUUAUCUUUCACAACGAGACGCUUUGGUACGAAGGAUGGAUUAUGGCAUUUUGAAAUUUUCAAUUAAUGGGACGAAAACUGGUGUGAAAGCAAUGCUGUUUGGUGGCUCAAUCAUUGGAAUCACACUUCACGUGGCUGCCUAUCGUGCCCAUUUUUCGCCUUUUAUUUUCCAGGAGCGUUUUCAGUCGCAGUCGGAGGAAUUUUUCGCUUCCUGGGAGUCAUUGGAGUGGCCAAAGCAAUUGGACCUUCGGCAUCAGCUCAGGGAACUACAAAGCAAGGCUGAUUUUGAUGCAAAAGUUCGUCGAGCAAUGGAAGAGAAUCCUGAUAUGUGGUGGAAGGCAAAGGCUAUAAAAUAUGGGAAACAACUUGAAGAACAAGAA